CUAAACCCACCCCUCCUCGAACGCCACUUAACCCACUGUCUGGCCCGGUCGUUUCCCUCUCGCCUUACCCGUCGCUCACCCAGACUCGACCUUCGACUCGUCCUGUCUUCUCUCUCACAACUGCCUCGGUGUAGUGUAGCCGGGCAGUCCUCUCUCGCUCAUCAGCACUGCCAUCUCGGCCUCUUCCUUGUGAUAUCUUUGAAAAGAAAAGAAAAGGUGCGACGCAUACACUACGACAACAACGGACGCAUAGCGGCGAAGUGGUUGCCGCCUACAUCUCGGAGCUCUCCUCGAGUCGGCCAACGGCGCAAUCUUGGAAUCCACCUCCAGUGCUCCAGCACCUCCUCGACAGCUCCCCCGAGCUCGAAACUGUGGGCAUUAUCCUGCGCCAUCUACUCUACUUCAGUACGUGCGCUUCUGGCAUCCCACAACUCCUCCAACGUUUUCUCUCAAACCCCUACGCCUCAGUCGCCGCUUGCCCAUAGCUUUCUUAUUGCUCAACAAGUAACUAGGAUUCUGAGAGCCUCCACAUUCUGCUUGCUUGUGCAAGAUACCCGGCCCUUGGGUUUUGGCCACCAUCCUGUCGGUAACUCGUCACCUUCCUUGUGCUGCUAUUCCACGCCUUUCUCUUUUUACUGCCCGGAUCUCAUGAUAGCCGUUUCCUUCCUUCUUCCAUAA